UGGCGCGGUGCAUUGUGGGGGGCGUAGUCCUCCUUCCCAGGCGGUCCUUCGCGGCGUCCCCGGGGCCGACUCCGGAGCGCAGGCGGGCGGCCGGGCGGGCGGCGCAGCGCGGGCCGGCGGGAAGCGUAUUCUGGGCACGGGACGCCGGGUUUUGCCGGCCGUGCCGGGCGGCAGUAGUGGGAGGCCGCCUACGGCCCCGCGCGGCGCCGCCCGUCGAGGGGCGGGCGGCGGCUGACCGACCGGGCCGUCGAAGGGCUCAGGAGGCCAGUGGGCCGGGCCGAGUCGGGCCGCGCGGCGCAGCCAUGCCAGGCUUUACGUGCUGCGUGCCGGGCUGCUACAACAACUCGCACCGGGACAAGGCGCUGCACUUCUACACGUUUCCCAAGGACGCUGAACUGCGGCGCCUGUGGCUCAAGAACGUGUCCCGUGCUGGCGUCAGUGGGUGCUUCUCCACCUUCCAGCCCACCACGGGUCACCGUCUCUGCAGCGUCCACUUCCAGGGCGGCCGCAAGACCUACACGGUGCGCGUCCCCACCAUCUUCCCGCUGCGCGGCGUCAACGAGCGCAAAGUAGCACGCAGACCCGCGGGGGCUGCAGCUGCCCGCCGCAGGCAGCAGCAGCAACAACAACAGCAGCAGCAGCAGCAGCAGCAGCAACCGCCGCCUCAACAACAGCAGCAGCAGCCGUCGCCGUCAGCCUCCACUGCCCAGGCCUCCCAGCUGCAGCCGAACCUGGUGUCUGCCUCUGCUGCUGUGCUUCUCACCCUUCAGGCCGCUGUAGACAGCAGCCAGGCUCCGGGGUCCGUGCCCCCAACGCCCACCACUCCCACCGGCGAAGACGUGAAACCCAUCGACCUGACCGUGCAAGUGGAGUUCGCUGCUGCAGAGGGCGCAGCCGCCGCGGCCGCCGCGUCGGAGCUAGAGGCUGCUACGGCAGGGCUGGAGGCCGCAGAGUGCCCUAUGGGUCCCCAGUUGGUGGUGGUGGGGGAAGAGGGCUUCCCUGAUACUGGCUCCGACCACUCAUACUCCUUGUCGUCAGGCACCACGGAGGAGGAGCUCCUGCGCAAGCUUAACGAGCAGCGGGACAUCCUGGCGCUGAUGGAGGUGAAGAUGAAGGAGAUGAAAGGGAGCAUCCGCCACCUGCGUCUCACCGAGGCCAAGCUACGAGAAGAACUCCGCGAGAAGGAUCGGCUGCUGGCCAUGGCUGUCAUCCGAAAGAAGCACGGAAUGUGAAUGGGUCCCCCUUCGGCUUGCUGGACUCCUGGACCCCUCUCAGCCUACAGGGACCUUAGGCCGCUGCUGUUGAACUCCCCUAUACUCCUGGGGCACUGGUUGACAGUACUGAAGCUUAGGGCAGCUGGACUCUAUUGCUGGUGACCUGGCACCCUCUCUUGUUUUCUCCUGAAGCAAGGUCCUGAAGUCUGGGACCUCAGACUCUGCACAGGUGACACCAGCAAUUAUGACUUUGUCCCCCACUCCCCACUUCACCCCCAAUUUAUGUUGCAGGUUCUGGUUAAGCAGAGGCUUCAGAACCACUGAACUUGAAAAUUACCACUCAGGAUGCAGGUUGGAUGCCCAAGACUAUGGGUUUGGGAAGACAACACCUUGAGGUUGGCCAGCAUUGAGAGAAAUCUUCUGUGUGUAGUGAUAAGAGAUCCAAGUAACAUCAGUUCUCCUUUUCGUGCUUUUCCUUCCCAGGUCUAGCCUGUGAUUCUGAUGGGGACUGGCAGAUCUGUGCCUCUGCCUAUAAGGACCUCCCUCCCCAGGAGGCCACCUACAAUGGGAUCUAGGUGACCUGCUGAUGAAGAUCCAGCUUGCCAGGGACUUAGGUUUAUCCUGUUAUGUUUGCUACUGGUUACAAAUUCUAUUUUCUGUACAAUUAGUCAGACUAAAGUUUUCACUGUGUUUGUUUGGCAAAACGAAUUAAACAGAAAGUAAGGUUUUAA